CAGUAAGCAUGACAUGAACAAAGCUCUGGACCUGGAGAUGAAAGGUGACAUUGAUAAAUGCCUCACAGCCAUCAUGAAGUGUGAUACCAGCAAACCAGCUUUCUUUGCGGAGAAGCUUCAUCAUGCCAUGAAGGGUGUUGGAACUUGUCAUAAGGAAUUGAUCAGGAUUAUGGUUUCCCGUUCUGAAAUUGACAUGAAUGACAUCAAAGCAUUCUAUCAGAAGAUGUAUGGAGUCUCUCUUUGCCAAGCCAUCAUGGAUGAAACCAAGGGAGAUUAUGAAAAAAUCUUGGUGUCUCUUUAUGGAGGAAACUAAACAUUCCUUUCAUGGUC